CAACGAGUAACAUGACCAAAAAGAAGCGGGAGAGUCGGGGCAUCGCUCUAGAGAUUGAUGGACUCGAGGAGAAGCUUUCCCAGUGUCGCAGAGACCUGGAUGAUGUGAACUCCAGGCUCUCUGAGUCGGAGCUGAGCCCAGAGGCCAGGAAGUCUCUGGAGAAGGAGAAAAAGAGCCUGAAGAGCAAAGUCUCCAACUACGAGAAGGAGCUCAAAGUGCUUCGGAGGGAGAACAGGAAGAAUAUGCUGUUGUCUGUAGCCAUCUUCAUUCUCCUGAGCCUCAUCUAUGCCUAUUGGACCAUGUGAACUGUUACUCUGCUCUUAAGAGGCCUCCCUUGGUUCCCUGGACAGGACCAGGCAGGCCCCUGCAGUCCCAGGAGGUUCAGGGAGAGGGCUGGGGCUGGAGGUUUAAGCAAAAGAUCCCCCUGCCCAAAUAGGGGAGCAGGACUUCCUGUGGGCCCAGCCCUUCUCGCCUCCCUCAAGCUUUUGUGCUAAGGAAGGAGCCUGCAGAACGACAUUCUGCAGGCUCCUCCAUUUGCCCAAGGGGAAGACAAUAAAGUUGCUCUUGUCUGCUGAGUAAA